CAUGACUACACACACUCAAUGGGCGGCAGCCCAAGAACAUAACCCGCUUCUUGUUUUCAAGUCAUUAGUAGAUCAAACGCUAAAUCCCUAGCAACUCAAAAACCGAACAAUCGUCCAAUUAAGUCCACGAUCACGAUCACGAUCACGAUCACGAUCACACACAGAUAGAUAUAUACGUAUAUAUACGCCAUAUCUAUAUAGCUUUGUGAGUGAUUUUUAGUUGCUGAGGAGAGAGAAAUGGGGCAAUUGACUGGCGUGAGUGACGGUAAAGGUAAAAGAGGAGGAGGCGGCAAAAAGGAAGAACAAGAACACGAACAAGAGGGCAUGUCUGUUCAUUCACCUUGCAAACCUCCACCUUCCUCUGCUUCUUCUCUCCGCUCGGAGCAAUCACAGGUUGAAUUGGAGCUCAGACUGUUGGAAGCUCUGGAAAUCUAUCCACCCGCCAAAUUACAAGGCAUGCAUCGUCACUUUGUCCUUUAUGGUCUAUCUGAGUAUCUUCGGAGGAGCUUUAAUAGGCACUUCUCUUCUGAUGAUGUUUUGCAGUUGCUGGAUCGUUUCUACAACCUGGAAAUGCUGAAGCCAGAUGAUGAUGAGAACGAAAUCCUGAAUCAGGAGGAAGAGUUUUGCUUGCCACAAAGUUACUUCAUGAAGGAAGAAUCUUGACUUGCAUAGUUUUGAAGUGUAUUGAACAUAUUUUUUGUAUGUUGAUAUAUAUGGUUGCCAUGGUUAUCUUCAUCUUUCUUUGACAUUUUUAUAGU